UUGAAGAAUUUGAAAAGGGCAAAAGGAUGCUUCGAACAUGCACUAUAUACAGCCAAGCCAACCUUUACUAUUCGAUCCAUCUUCCAUCUUUCACAACUCAAAAGUCACUUUACCAUUUCGCAGCAGGCACACCCCAGACCCAGUAAACAAUCCCCCGAAGCAGAUACGAGAUUUGGAGAAUGUCGGACCACAUUCCCUCUGGAGUCGUCAGAGAUAUUCUGGGCCGCCCUCACCGUGGGAGCUGGGCAAGUUGAGGUGCGUGAACAAGGAAUGGAGAUCCAUAAUAGACGAUCCCGAUUUCAUCCAAGGCCAACACCGGCGCUUUACGUCCCUGUUCUUCAGCUGGUGGGGAGAAGCGGUCGUUCUCCGUUCCAGGCCGGGCACUUUUGGUCCCGGUGGAGUGCCUUUGCCUUUGACCUACUUCGUAGACCACAUCAUCAUGGGUUCAUACCAUGGCUUGCUCUGCCUAGGCGACUAUCAGUACCAACUCCUUUUGUUCAAUCCAGCUUUCCCGGAGGAGAUGCGACUAGUGACAUUGUUGGACUUCAUGAGGGCAGAACCAUCAUUGGGUUACCUGUUCGAGAACGGCUCUUUUCAAUCUGACCUUGUUCACUGGAAGGCUUACGGGUUCGGGUACGAUAAGGUGGCUAGCGACUACAAGGCCGUUGUAUUGUUAUUGGUAAAGGAAUGUGACAGAGGCAAAGUCUACAUUCUAACUUACCAAUUCGGCACCAAGUCUUUUAGGUGUUUGCAGGUCAAUAAGUUCCUUCACCAGUUAUAUCGCCAGAGGCUGGGCGUGCUCCUCAGCGGUGCUUUGCAUUGGAUCACAGGAGGCUUUGAAUUCAAUUCAGAUGUCUCCGACUCUAUCACCGAAUUCCGGCAGCCAGAUUACAGUGGUGAUAAAGAAGGGAGCCUGUCUUGUUUUAAGAGUGUUGGGGUGGUGGACUCGUGCUUGUCUGUGUUCGCUACCUUCAUCGGAUCGGAUGGCUUGAUGUUUGGAUAAUGAAGGAAUACGGAAAGGAGGAUUCAUGGUGCAGGCUAUACGGAAAGGAGUAGAUUCGGUGGCCUAAUUGUUUCGUUUGGAUGAUUUUAUUUCAAAAAAAUUGUAUUAGAAAUCUAAGGGGUCGUUUGCUUCAAGGAUUGUAAAAUGAGGGUUUUUACUUAGAUGUGGGAUUUAAAAAUCUAAGGUUUUAUUUGGAAUUUGGGGCAUUAUGGAUUUGAAAAAAUCCUUUGUUUGUUUUCUCAUUUUGAUCAUGGAUUUAAUGAUUUGGGAUUUAGAAAUAAAAAUCUACAUUUACC